CCUUGUCUCUUCACAAAUCACAAAUUGUCAAGCAAACAAAAAUUAUCAAAAAUAAAAACCAAAUCGAAAUUCCUCAAGAAAGUUCUUUGUUUUUAAUUCCUAAAAAUCCUUAAAACUUAUUUUAAAAUUUCAUAAAAUGGGUGAUGCCAAUAGUGACACAGAAACAGAAAGCACCGAAGAAGAAAUCGAACCCAAAUUCAAAUACAAGCGAAUUGGUAAUGAUUUGCAAGAAAUCCUUAAGUACGAUGUUAUUACUUGUGCUGAGGUUCAUCCAAAGUUCUUGAUCUUUGGAAGCUAUAAUGGUCGUUUGUACCUUUUGGAUCAUCAAGGAAACACAGUGGAUUCAUAUUUGAAUAAAUCGAAUUCGUUUUGUCAUGCAGUUGGAGUAAAUGAGAUUUCAGUUGAUUCCAAAGGGGAAUAUGUAGCAACGUGUUCAGAUGAUGGCAAAGUGGUGAUAACAGGGCUAUUCAGCGAUGAGAAUAACCAAAAAAUCAAUAUUGGGAAGUCUGUUAAAGCAGUGGCAUUAGAUCCAGAUCCUAAAGUUCCAGCUGGGAAACGAUUUAUUGUUGGCGAUGAAAAGCUAACAAUGUACGAAAAGAGUUUCUUGAAGAAUCUGAAAUCAUCAACGCUGUGCGAUGCUGAGGGUUACGUCCUCUCGGUCUGUUGGAAUGGACCAUUUGUAGCGUGGGCUAGUUACUUGGGAGUGAGGGUUUAUGAUUUGAAUGAGAAGUGUUCCUUGGGAUUGAUGAAAUGGGAACAGCCACACAAUGCCAAAUUGGAAAAUUUUCGCUGUAAUUUUCGUUGGUCAAAUGCCACAACAUUACUCAUCGGAUGGGUUGAUACCAUUCGAAUAUGUGUUAUCAGAAAGAGGACAGCUCUGGGUAUUUCUACUCGUGAUGAGCCGGGCUUUAUAGUUGAUCCUGUUUCCACAUUCCAAACAAGUUUCUAUAUUUGUGGUCUAGCGCCAUUGACUGCAAAUCAAUUAGUAGUUUUGGGCUAUUCAAAGGAAAAAGAUAGUAACCGCAAGGCGUUGCGACCUGUUUUAUGUGUGAUGGACUACAAAUUUAAUAAUAGCGAAGAAGUGUGCACAGAUAGUUUGUCAUUGAGAGGUUACGAAGAAUACACCGUGAACGAUUAUAUGCUGGGCUGUAUUAUUGAAGAGAAUCGUUACUUCAUUAUCGCUCCCAAGGACUUGGUCAUAGCUAGCCUCUAUGAGACCGACGAUCGGGUACAGUGGCUUAUAGAACACAGAAAAUUCGAAGAAGCAAUGGAUGUUAUAUCAAAUAGUAAUAGUGGAACACUUACCCUAGUUGAAGUUUCAAGGCUCUACGUUGAUCAUUUACUAUCAUUAAGACAAUUCGAUGAUGCUGCUAAAUUAUGCCUCCGUGUACUCGGCAACAACAAAGAACUCUGGGAAGAAGAAGUAUAUAAAUUUGUUGGUUUUCAACAGCUACGAUCAGUAAGCUCCUAUCUACCAACUCAAGAAGACUGUAAAUUAGAUCCACAAGUCUAUGAAAUGGUUCUCUAUGAAUAUUUAAAAUUCGAUGCAAAAGGUUUUCUUAAUUUAAUCAAAGAAUGGCCAAAAACCCUCUAUGAUACUUCGGCUGUAAUAAAUGCAAUUCAUGAUAAUUUUCGUAAAAAUUGCGCCAAUGAAUUACUCGAAUCACUCGCGAUAUUAUAUUCUCAUCAAGAAAAAUAUGAAAGUGCUCUAACUAUGUAUUUAAGAUUACAAAAUAAGGACGUCUUUGAAUUGAUUCGACGAAAAAACUUAUACAGUGUUAUUCACAAGUUGAUAAUACCACUAAUCGAACUUGAUAAGGAUCAAGCCAUAUCAAUGUUAAUUCAAAAACAAAAAAUCAUACCAGAAAUUGUGGUUCAGCAAUUGGAACAAAAGCAAGAGUAUUUAUAUAAUUACCUUGAUGCUCUGGACAAAGUAGACAACAGUGGAAAGUUUCAUUGGAAACUUGUAAAUCUUUAUGCAAAAUUUGAUCGUGACAAACUUUUGUCAUUUCUAAGACGCUCAAAUAACUAUCCCAUUCAAGAGGCUUUGGAUAUAUGUAAGCGUGAGUUAUUCUAUCCAGAAAUGGUCUACUUAUUGGGACGAAUGGGGAAUACAAGUGAAGCCUUAAAUAUAAUAAUACAUAAGCUUAAAAAUAUAGAAAUGGCAAUUGAUUUUUGUAAAGAAUAUGAUGAUUCUGAUUUAUGGAAUAAUCUUAUCGAUGAAUCUCUGGAGAAUCCAGAAAUAAUGACAACGUUGUUGGAUGGAAUCAUAGGCUAUGUAAAUCCUGAAGUUCUUGUUAAUAAAAUAAAACUAGGUCAAAAAAUUCCAGGACUAAGAAAAUCUGUUAUUAAAAUGCUCUGUGAUUAUCGAUUGCAGGUUCAAAUCCAAGAAGGCUGCACACAAAUAGUCCUUAGUGAUUAUUUUGAUCUUCAUGAAAAAGUAGUAAAAAGUCAAAAUCAAGCUACACAUAUUUCUUAUGAUAAUUCCUGUGCUCGAUGUUCGCACGACAUUCUUACAAAAGACAUUCUCCCACGCAAUGAUUUGAUUGCAUUUGCAUGUGGUCAUAUAUUCCAUGAGACAUGCCUACCAGAUCGAUUUGUUGACGAACGAUGUAGCAUUUGUACAGCACGAAAUAAUUGAAUGAAAUGUGAAAGAAAUUAAUUGAAACAACCGGACAAAAUAUACAUAAAUUAGGUUUAAAAGAGCUUGUAUACAGUGUGUAUAAAAUAAUAUUUAAAAUUCAUAUAUUAUGUAUAAAAAAGAAAGAAAAAGUUAUUAAGGUUUUUCUUACUUGCUUAAAUAAAUAAUACUUUUUAUAUUAUUAUAAUUAUAAUUUUCGAUACAUAUAGCAAUUUGUUUAUAUAGAGCGAAAAAAGAUGCAAUGUGUUAAAAUAAAUAUUUGUUUACGUUUUUGAAUA